CUCUGGCUGUGUUCAUGGAACAGGCUCCCCAGGUCGUGCCCCAGGUGGUUCCCGAGGUGGUUCCCGAGGUGGUUCCCGAGGCGGUUAGCGAGGUGGUUCCCCAGGUGGAGUUCCAUUGAUCAAUGGAUAUGAACAUGUGAGAGAUGGAUGGUUUUUUUCUUUCUUUCUUUUUUCUUCUUUUUUCUCCUUUUUUUUUCUUUUCAAAAAAACGGCGAUGGAGAGGCAUCAUGGAAGGCGUCAAAAAAGGUGUUGGACGUGGUGAUGAUAUCAUGGCUUUCUCUUUCAUCUGUUUGCUUUUCUUUUCUGAUUGUUUUGCAUUUGUUUACUUUUAUUUUCUGAUUGUUUUUGCGGGCAUUACACUAUGGGCGGAUAUUUUCAAAAAUGGCGAUGGGGAGGCAUCAGGGAAGGCGUCAAAAAUGGUGUUGGAUGCGGGAUGAUAUCAGAG